UGGGGCUGUGUGUCCCAUUGAAAAGGCGGCCGCACUCCGGACCGUGAGCACUCACUUCAAGCCAGGGAACGUGGAAGGCGCCAGGGGAGGGAGAGCGAGGAAAAAUAAAAGAGAAAGAGAGAAAUAAAAAGGGGGCCAGAGCACGACUGCAAGAAGCAGAGGAGACCUAGCAAGGGAGUGAAGGAAGCUCUCGGGGGAGAGAGAGGGGGGCGAGAAGGCGAGACAAGCAGAAGCAAGGAGAGGGGCGAGCAGGAGCAGGAGCAGGCUCCUCACCCGCUUGCCUUUUUUUUUUUUUUUUUUGCAAGAAGGAGCGGCUAGCGGCAGCCUCACACGCGAGCGCCACGCGAGGCUCCCGAAGCCAACCCGCAAAGGGAGGAGGGGAGGGAGAAGGAGGAGGAGCGGUGGGAGGCGGAGGAAAGCCAUUGCCACCUUCCAUUCCCCCACCCUCAGAGCCUCCCUCUCUUUUUUUCUUUUUCUUUCUUUCUUUCUUUCUUCUUUUUUUUAAACUUCGCUCCAGACCCCUUCCCUUCUGUCCCUUUCCUCUCCUGCUUUGCCCCCGACGUCUCCGCUUUCCCUCCUCCCCGCGCAUCCCCUCCUCUCCAUCCCUCCCUCUCCCGGCUUCCCCGUCUCCUGGCGGCCCAUGGAGAGCCCCUCCAAGAUGGAAAGCAGCGGGGUCAGCCAGCAGCCUCCUCCCCCGCCGCCGCCGCCGCAGCCCCAGCCCCAGCCGCCGCCCCAGCCCCAGCCCCAGCCCCAGCCCCAGCCGCAGCCGCAGCCGCAGCCGCUGCCGCCGCCGCCGCCGCAGCCCUUCCUGCAGCCCGCCGCCUGCUUCUUCGCGGCAGCGGCGGCGGCGGCGGCAGCGGCUGCGGCGGCCGCCCAGAGCGCGCAGCAGCCGCCCCAGCCCCCGCAGCAGCAGCAACAGCAGCAACAGCAGCAGCAGCAGCAGCAGCAGCAGCUGAGCCCGGCCGAUGGCCAAGCCUCGGGGGGCGGUCACAAGGCAGCGCCAAAGCAAGUGAAGCGGCCGCGCUCGUCGUCGCCGGAGCUGAUGCGCUGCAAGCGGCGCCUCAACUUCAGCGGCUUCGGCUACAGCCUGCCGCAGCAGCAGCCGGCCGCCGUGGCCCGGCGCAACGAACGCGAGCGCAACCGCGUCAAGCUGGUCAACCUGGGCUUCGCCACGCUGCGCGAGCACGUCCCCAACGGCGCGGCCAACAAGAAGAUGAGCAAGGUGGAGACGCUGCGCUCGGCCGUCGAGUACAUCCGCGCGCUGCAGCAGCUGCUGGACGAGCACGACGCGGUGAGCGCAGCCUUCCAGGCCGGCGUGCUGUCGCCCACCAUCUCCCCCAACUACUCCAACGACUUGAACUCCAUGGCCGGCUCGCCGGUCUCGUCCUACUCGUCCGACGAGGGUUCUUACGACCCGCUCAGUCCAGAGGAGCAAGAACUUCUGGACUUUACAAACUGGUUCUGAACGCCUCCUGCAGCCCAGGCCCGAGGGAAAGCAAACUUUUGGAGCAGGGUGACCGGAGAGAACCUGCCUCUUUAGCAUUUUCUUUUCUCCGGGAGGAAGAAGACGAAAUCCAGCCCUCUCCCCUUUCCUCCCCCAAACAACACGCAAACAAACAAAAAGCAACGCCGUGGCUUCAGUUGCGUAUCUUCACCUCCCCGAGAGGCCAUGAAGUACAGCUCUGUACUGCGCUAGUGUCUUUGCACCUCGCUUCCUGAAGAGGAGGAUGAACAUUGACUUAGGGGCCUCUGUUUUGGGGGGCGGGGUGUGUGUGCAGAGAAGCCUAUGAGCUGCUCAGUGGCAAUGGAGUCAGAAGAGGGGGGAAUAGCACAUUUUUAUCGUAUACAUAUGAACGGUAACAUCCAAGCCUAGAGCCUAAAGUUCCCCCCCCCCAUGACACCCCCUUCCCAAACCCAUCUCCCAAAGUACACUUCUUAAUCCAUCAGGAAUGGGUGGCGGGACUUUCCUCCUUGACUCGCUACGGACCUACAUUUACUUCCCCCAUCAGUUCGUCUGCAAUGAAAGUAUGCUGUAUUCAGAGUCCUUUGAAAUCAUCCUCUCCUAGUCCCCCUUCCCCCUCCUGACUCAGACCUCCCCCCUUCCUUGACAUCUUUUCUACCGUAUUCAUCUUAAAAUGCUUCCAAUCUUUUGUGAAUUUUUUUUAUUAUGAAAAAAAAUCUAUUUGUAUCUAUCCUAACCAGUUUGGGGAUAUAUUAAGAUAUUUUUGUAUAUAAGAGAGAAAGAAAGAGAGAGAGAAAAGAGAUUUAUAGAAGUUUUGUACAAAUGUUUUAAAAUGUGUAUAUCUUGAUACCUUACUUAAUAUGUGAUGCUUAUUACCUCUGCCUGUUUUAGAUCAGUAGUCACCACCACAACUGCCAUGUUUUGUAAUUGGUUGUGUAAAGGACCCUCCUUACAGGUGGGGCGGAGAAGCUGCCGGAUGUACUUUAGCACCAAUGUGUCUUACUUUAUAGAAACUUUGUUAAUGUAUUAAUAAUGUUAAACCCUGUUGGAGGAGGGGACAAAGUUUAUGCAGCUAUUGUCCAAACGCAAAAAAAAAAAUGGUAGCCAUUGGUUUUCCUAUCGCUGCCUUGUUUUGGGAGAACUGAAAACCACUGCCUAUUUUUCUUACUGUUUUAUUACAAACUUACAAAGUUCCUGUAUAACCCUGUUUUAUACAAACUAGUUUCGUAAUAAAACUUUUUGUUUUUGUUUU